AUGGAAAAAGAGAUUGAUCUUGAGGCUGGUGUGAUUCUUAGUGAAGGAUUGAGAGGAACGGACACUAUUUCAGGUGCCACAUUAGCAAGAACUUUCUUAUUUUGUAAAGGUUUUGAUAAUGCUGAGAGAACGAUUAAGGUUGAAGUAGGAUUGUGUCUGUCAGAUACCAACGCGGCUUCUGCAGAGAAAGUGAAAUCACCUUUAGACGUGAAGACAGAGGGCGAAGAGGCUGCCAAUGUUGCAGAGAGCCAAGUAGGGAAGGAGAAACGUAAAGUAUCUAGUGCUAAAAAGUCUUCUAAACCUCCUCGGCCACCUCAAGGCUUAAUUUUGUAUGCUUCUGACCACAAGUUAGUGAAAGAGAUUGCGGAACUAGCAAUACUGAAGAAGGCAAGGAAAGAACGUAUGAAGGCGCUGAAGAAACUGAAAGCUGCCAAGGCAGCAGCAUCAGGAUCAGGGGCGGAUCUAGACACAAAAUCUUAG